UUUGGCCGAAGGCUCUUUUUGGCACCCCGCCUGCGGAGCCCGCGCCCGAGCCGCACCCGAAGCUCGAGGAAGAGAAGAUGGCCGCCCGACGCUCCAGCGCCCUGCUCGUCGUGGCCGCGCUCGCCUGCGCUGCCCUGGCGCUGCAGUGCGCGUUCGUGCCGCCGGCCGGCGACACCUCCCUCCGCGGCGCGACGCCACGGGCCGACACGGCGCAGCUCGCAGCAGCCGGCGCGGCGAUCGCCGUGCCCGAGGUCGCGCACGCACGCCUGCCGGACGAGUUCGUGUGGGGCGCGCCGAUCGUCGACGUGCUGCCCAUCUUGCCGAUCUUCUUCUUCCUCCUGGCCUUCCUGUGGCAGGCCUCCGUCGGCUUCCGCUGAGCUGUAGCUGGGCCGGGGCGCGCGGGCCGUCAGCAUGCGGCGCGCGCGUGCGUGGUUUUUUCAUCGAAUGUAGAAAUACGGCAUCCGUCUUGACACGUUUCAAUCAUUCACGGGUCUGUGUAGAAAAAAGGCGUGGCAGAAGAGAUACCCUCCAGGUUGUUUGAAUUGUCGCGGAUUGUCCUUAUCCUUCUCUUCCUCAUGCUCCUCCGCAGUGGAUUGUUCCCUUGGUCCUCUCAGAGCCGUGGUUUCCCAGGUUGCCCCUUCGAAUGCGCCUGGCGAGUUGGGCGACAGAGUCGCGACUGCGUGUGUAGUUGCCAGGCCAGGGAGCGUGCGGCUCUUCAUGAGGGGUGCCAGUCUCGCUGGUCCUUCGCUCGGGGGACCUCCUCGCUGCAUGCCGGGUACAUCAGGAGCACACUGUCGACCUGCGCCUGGCGCAUGGAAGGCCAAUGAUCAAGGACGUUACCAGAGGCUCUCCACCGCGGCGUGCCGACGUCCCUGAGUUCGUCCUGGCGGUGCGGCCCAAGCAGCAGGAUCAGACAUCCAGCGGUCCUGGGCUGCCACCUGCACUGGCCAGUUCACCAUUAUCCAGAGAUAGGGUCGGCACACUGCCAACCUGCGAAGCGGCCUCGCUUUCUGGUUGUCCCACAGCGAUGACGACAUGUACCACGCCGUCUCGCGUCUAGCUGCAGUGUCGAUCGGUUCGCCCACACAGACCCCACAGAUAUCUCGCAGGCGGACAUAAGUGGUUCCAGGUAGGUGUCCUUCGCCUGUCUCGGUUCGUGCCUCCAUGUCAUUGCGGCCCAUGGGGAGCUAGCUGGUGACGACGACGCCGAGAGGGAGGAUUUCCCGACCAGAUCAAGGACACGAGGGCACCCUACCACGUUCUGGAGGCACGGUGGUGGAUUUUUUCGAGCGGUCAGCCACCGUGGUACCUGGCACCCCAAGAAGGAUAGGCACCGGCAGGGCUGUACGCGGAGGCACCUCCACGAGGGGCGAACGGCUCCGCCGACCCUUUUUGUACCCUGGUGGCCGUUUUGGCCGAAGGCUCUUUUUGGCACCCCGCCUGCGGAGCCCGCGCCCGAGCCGCACCCGAAGCUCGAGGAAGAGAAGAUGGCCGCCCGACGCUCCAGCGCCCUGCUCGUCGUGGCCGCGCUCGCCUGCGCUGCCCUGGCGCUGCAGUGCGCGUUCGUGCCGCCGGCCGGCGACACCUCCCUCCGCGGCGCGACGCCACGGGCCGACACGGCGCAGCUCGCAGCAGCCGGCGCGGCGAUCGCCGUGCCCGAGGUCGCGCACGCACGCCUGCCGGACGAGUUCGUGUGGGGCGCGCCGAUCGUCGACGUGCUGCCCAUCUUGCCGAUCUUCUUCUUCCUCCUGGCCUUCCUGUGGCAGGCCUCCGUCGGCUUCCGCUGAGCUGUAGCUGGGCCGGGGCGCGCGGGCCGUCAGCAUGCGGCGCGCGCGUGCGUGGUUUUUUCAUCGAAUGUAGAAAUACGGCAUCCGUCUUGACACGUUUCAAUCAUUCACGGGUCUGUGUAGAAAAAAGGCGUGGCAGAAGAGAUACCCUCCAGGUUGUUUGAAUUGUCGCGGAUUGUCCUUAUCCUUCUCUUCCUCAUGCUCCUCCGCAGUGGAUUGUUCCCUUGGUCCUCUCAGAGCCGUGGUUUCCCAGGUUGCCCCUUCGAAUGCGCCUGGCGAGUUGGGCGACAGAGUCGCGACUGCGUGUGUAGUUGCCAGGCCAGGGAGCGUGCGGCUCUUCAUGAGGGGUGCCAGUCUCGCUGGUCCUUCGCUCGGGGGACCUCCUCGCUGCAUGCCGGGUACAUCAGGAGCACACUGUCGACCUGCGCCUGGCGCAUGGAAGGCCAAUGAUCAAGGACGUUACCAGAGGCUCUCCACCGCGGCGUGCCGACGUCCCUGAGUUCGUCCUGGCGGUGCGGCCCAAGCAGCAGGAUCAGACAUCCAG